GGCGAAAGUCUCCCCGCCCUGUCGCUCCAGAUAAACGCCUCCGCUGCUAUCGAGUUAGGCACGAAUACUCGCCCCCUCCAUUUUAUUCCACAGUAACAUACAGACAUGGGCACGCGAACAGAGCGCGUGUUGUCGGACGCCGCCGACAAGGUGGCCAAGGCGGAGGAGACCGCACGCCAGUACGAGUCCCAACUGGCCGAGGCGGCGGCGAAGAAACGCCAUCUUGAAGAGGAGAACGAGAAACUGCGCGCCUCCAUCCUCAAUAUGGCACUGCAGAACGCCAGCGUGGACCUCCGUCGCGAACAUGUGCAGCUGCGACAGACACUCGACUCGUACCAGUCCAAGAUCGACCAGAUGCGCGAGAUCUCGCUGCUCUCGGCCAAGGUGGUGGACAGUCGAAUUAAGACCAAACAGGGCCGACAGUACGUCGAGUACAAGCUGCAGAUUGAGACAGACAUCCGAGGCACGCUGGUGUUGUGGCAUCGAUACAGCACCUUCUUGAACCUGGCAGCAACUCUGAAGGCAAAGAAUCCCAACAGUGAGCACGAUAUCCCAGAGCUGCAGACUCAGAGCCUCACGGGUUUCUUCUCGGACCAGCUCAUCAUCGACCGUAUUGCCAAACUCAACGAGUUCCUGGACGUGGUGACCAAGGCCGACGAGUUCCAGUGGGGUAUCCGGAUAGAUAAGGACACGUGCGUGUACAAGCGCAAGAGCAAGCGGUCGUACAGCGUGGGCUCGAGAGAGAGCAUCUCGACUCUGACCCCCAGUAUGCGCGACAGCAUGUUCAUGCCCGCGUCCUCUCGAGCAUCCACCAUCUCCAUGGACUCGUAUUAG